AUGAGGCUGUCCUACACCCUACUCGCAUUGUCAACAAUUGGAUGCGGGUUUGCUCUCCGUCAUCGCCGGGAUAAUGACAACGCACAAGUGUCCAAUGGCACCGAUGCUGUCCCGAAGCGUUUCAUCGUUGAGCUCGAGAAGGGUGCAAGUGUCGAUGCUCUCCAAAAGGAGAUAGCCUCCCGAAAAGGAGCAAAAGUCCUUAAAGUGUUCAAUUCCGAUGUCUUCAAAGGAAUAAGUGUCGAAGCUGAGGAGGACAACAUCGACACUCUUCAGUCAAUACAAGCCGUAUCGAAGGCUUGGUCAUCCAACAAGAUUAGGCUUGCACCACACAUUCCAGCACAAUCGUUCAGCGACGAUGCGAGUGCCUCCAUUUACACCGUUCACAACUGGACUGGCGUGGACAGACUCCAUGCGGCGGGUAUCAAGGGCAAAGGCGCUGUCGUUGCUGUUGUCGAUACUGGAAUUUGGUAUCCUCAUUCUGAUCUGGGUGGAGGGUUUGGACCUGGUUUCAAGGUCGCAGGCGGAUGUGAUCUAGUUGGACAGGGAUCAUGGCCUUUCGAAGGCUCCAAAGAGCCGGAUGAGGACCCGCUUGACCAGAUUGGUCACGGUACUCAUGUGGCAGGUAUUGUUGCUGCCAACGGUGAUCAGUAUUGA